AUGAGUGGCUUCCUCGCCUCCCUGGACCCCCGGCGGGUGCAGUGGGGAGCCGCCUGGUAUGCUAUGCACUCCAGAAUCCUGCGUACCAAACCAGUAGAGUCCAUGCUGGAGGGAACAGGGGCUACCACGGCACACGGCACCAAGCUGGCCCAGGUGCUCACCACUGUGGACCUGAUCUCCCUUGGUGUUGGCAGCUGCGUGGGCACCGGGAUGUACGUGGUAUCUGGCUUGGUGGCCAAGGAAAUGGCAGGACCUGGUGUCAUUGUGUCCUUCAUCAUUGCAGCUGUUGCAUCCAUAUUAUCAGGCGUUUGCUAUGCAGAAUUCGGAGUUCGCGUCCCCAAGACCACGGGGUCGGCCUACACCUACAGCUAUGUCACUGUUGGGGAGUUUGUGGCAUUUUUCAUCGGCUGGAACUUGAUCCUGGAGUAUCUGAUUGGCACUGCGGCCGGUGCCAGUGCUCUGAGCAGCAUGUUUGACUCGCUGGCCAACCACACCAUUAGCCACUGGAUGGUGGACAGCGUGGGAACCCUCAAUGGCCUCGGGAAAGGUGAAGAAUCAUACCCGGACCUUCUAGCUCUGGUGAUCGCGGUCGUCGUCACCAUCAUCGUCGCGCUGGGGGUGAAGAACUCUGUGGGCUUCAACAAUGUCCUCAAUGUACUGAACCUGGCCGUGUGGGUGUUCAUCAUGAUUGCAGGCCUGUUCUUCAUCAAUGGGAAAUACUGGGCUGAGGGCCAGUUCUUGCCUCAUGGCUGGUCAGGGGUGCUGCAAGGAGCAGCCACGUGUUUCUAUGCUUUCAUUGGUUUUGACAUCAUUGCCACCACUGGAGAAGAAGCCAAGAAUCCCAACACAUCCAUCCCUUAUGCUAUCACCGCCUCCCUAGUCAUCUGCCUGACGGCAUAUGUAUCCGUGAGCAUGAUUCUAACUCUGAUGGUGCCAUAUUAUGCCAUUGACACGGAAUCCCCACUCAUGGAGAUGUUUGUGGCUCAUGGGUUCUAUGCUGCAAAAUUCAUAGUGGCCAUUGGGUCGGUUGCAGGACUGACAGUCAGCUUGCUGGGCUCCCUCUUCCCAAUGCCAAGGGUCAUUUAUGCCAUGGCUGGUGAUGGGCUUCUUUUCAGGUUUCUGGCUCAUGUGAGCUCCUACACGGAGACACCAGUGGUGGCCUGCAUCGUGUCGGGGUUCCUGGCGGCUCUCCUCUCACUAUUAGUCAGCCUGAGAGACCUGAUAGAGAUGAUGUCCAUCGGCACGCUCCUCGCCUACACCUUGGUCUCUGUCUGUGUCUUGCUUCUUCGAUACCAACCAGAGAGCGACAUUGAUGGUUUUGUCAAGUUCUUGUCUGAGGAGCACACAAAGAAGAAGGAGGGCAUUCUGGCUGACUGUGAGAAGGAAGUGUGUUCUCCUAUGAGUGAAGGAGAAGAGUUUUCCGGCCCCGCCACCAACACGUGUGGGGCCAAGAACUUACCAUCCCUGGGAGACAAUGAGAUGCUCAUAGGGAAAUCGGACAAGUCAACCUACAAUGUCAACCACCCCAACUACGGCACUGUGGACAUGACCACAGGCAUAGAAGCUGACGAAUCUGAAAACAUUUAUCUCAUCAAGUUAAAAAAGCUGAUUGGGCCCCGUUACUACACUCUGAGGAUCCGGCUGGGCCUUCCAGGCAAAAUGGACCGACCCACAGCAGCUACAGGGCACACGGUGACCAUCUGCGUGCUCCUGCUCUUCAUCCUCAUUUUCAUCUUCUGCUCCUUCAUCAUCUUUGGCUCUGACUACAUCUCAGAGCAGAGCUGGUGGGCCAUCCUUCUGGUCGUUCUGAUGGUGCUGCUGAUCAGUGCCCUGGUGUUUGUGAUCCUGCAGCAGCCAGAGAACCCCAAGAAGCUUCCUUACAUGGCCCCCUGCCUCCCCUUUGUGCCCGCCUUUGCCAUGCUGGUGAACAUCUAUCUCAUGCUAAAGCUCUCCACCAUCACAUGGAUCCGGUUUGCUGUCUGGUGCUUUGUGGGUAUGCUCAUUUAUUUUGGGUAUGGCAUCUGGAACAGCACCCUGGAAAUCAGUGCCCGAGAAGAGGCCCUGCACCAAAGCACCUACCAACGCUACGAUGUGGAUGACCCUUUCUCAGUGGAGGAAGGUUUCUCCUAUGCCACAGAGGGCGAGAGCCAGGAGAACUGGGGCGGGCCAGCUGAAGACAAAGGUUUCUAUUAUCAACAGAUGUCAGAUGCGAAAGCAAACACCCGGACAAGUAGCAAAGCAAAGAGCAAAAGCAAACACAAACAGAACUCAGAGGCUCUGAUCGCAAAUGAUGAGUUAGAUUACUCUCCAGAAUAA